AUGGCGAAAGUUUUUGUAGAACCUGGUGAAGAAGAUAAACGGGAAUUCUGUGCUGGUAAACAACGGGUUUUUGUUCGUAAAACUUGUCCAUCGGCUUCAACGUCAACGUUUGGUUGCAACAAUUUGCGUACAUCGGUGUCGACAGUAUUAGAGGACGGUCGAAGACCAUAUUCAGUCGUCAAUUCUAGGCAUAGUCGGUAA